GCGACUACAGGGGUCUUCCAUAUAUCCCUUAAAAAACAAAUAAUAAUAAUAUUCUGAAGGAUCAAUACAUUGUGGCUCAUCAGGUUUUGAUGCAGGGCGUUGGACAAAUUUCAUUGUGCGGGAUCAGUUUAUUUUGAAAUGUGGAACAUUGGAUGACAGAUUGUUUUGGCACAUCUUUUAGGUAUUUGGUUGAAUUUUGUUUUGCAAGCAGAUAACUUUGUGAUUUCGUCUAGCCUCUCAUGAACUGAAUUUUGCAAUUGCUCAAUUGCACAUCUUUUGUUAGGUGGACAGGAACUUUGAAGUGGAAAAACCAAAAACAGUUCAUUUUUGUUCACUUAAUGCAAAAGAAAACCUCAAAGCAUCUUCUGUGUAUUGGAGAAUUCAUUGUAUAUUUAAUGUUAACAAACAAGGGGAUGAAUGAAAAGAUCCGUAUUGCUAUUUACAAAGAAAUUCCAACACUUUAAAAACACCAUAUUGCAUUGUAUUGCUAGUGUUCCCAAAUAAUAGGUGACCAUAAGCUGUGUUCCCGUAAUCAUCUUUCUUAAUCAUUCUUUUCCGUGCCACACCUUUCUGUUGCAGCCUCCACUGUUCCUUUUCAUUCUUCCAGAUUUUCCUGUGGCUCUCCACUCUGUCCUACCACAAGUCCCAUUGCACCCUCUCCUUUCUGUAUGCUCCACGCUCUUCUUGGUCUCCUUGUCUCAUCCAUAAAUUCAUCUGCUAUCCUUCUCCUCACUGGCCUUAUUCCUCUAUAGAUAUCUGUGGCUCUUUGGCUGUUAUUUUGUACCCCAACAUACAUUUGCUUUCACACUUUAGCGAGUUUUUCUCCACCUUUCACGCUGGCGGGCACCAUUCCAUCUAAAGGAGAGGAGGACUUUCUAACGCUUGCUGCCUCCCGGCUCAGUCGUCGCAAGCGUGUCAUAGGAGCAGCCGUGGGUGUGGCCAUGGUUCUGAUUCUCCUGGUCACCAUCCCUUUACUGGUCCACACCACUAAAGGAGGAGGAGCCGGCAACGCAGGAAGCCAUUAUGAAAUGCUAGGAAGAUGUCGGAUGGUUUGUGACCCCUACACCACAUCUCAUGGCCAGGAGCUAACGGCUGUUUCACCCGCACCGCCUGAUUUUCCAAACCGGAAAGGGAAAUCUGGGUAUCGGGGACCUCCGGGAAUACCAGGACCACCUGGUCCACGAGGACCACCUGGAGAGCCUGGAAAACCAGGUCCACAAGGGCCCCCAGGUCCUGGGCCUGGUGGUUACGUGCCAUCAUUCUACAGCCCUAAGGUUGCGUUUUACGCAGGCCUGCGCAAGCAACAUGAAGGCACUGAUGUGCUCAAGUUUGAUGAUGUGGUGACCAAUGUUGGCAACUACUAUGAGCCCAGCACUGGAAAAUUUACAUGCCCUCUACCUGGUAUCUACUUCUUCACAUACCAUGUCCUGAUGAAAGGAGGAGGUGGGACCAGUAUGUGGGCAGACCUCAAGAAGAACGGACAGGUGAGGGCCAGCGCUAUCGCCCAGGAUGCUGAUCAGAAUUAUGACUACGCCUCCAACAGUGUGAUCCUGCAUUUAGACGUAGGAGAUGAGGUCUGUGUGCAGCUGGACGGAGGGAAAGUCCACGGAGGAAACACCAACAAAUACAGCACGUUCUCUGGUUUCCUCAUCUAUGCUGACUGACCUGCUCAUGAUGCUGCUCUACACACUCAAAUGUACUGUGUAUGAACACACACACACUCAUACAGUUACGUACACACACCGAACAGGCUUGAAAGAAAUGGACAUGGUUUAUACAGAGCAGAAGGGCUUGAGAGACAUAACCGCAACCAAUUCCUUUCAUAAGGCAAGAGAAUAUGUGACACGCUGUUUGUAUGUGUGUAAAUUAUAACUAUCAUACAUUAUACACUACUCCCAAACUUAAAUUAAAAUGCAUAUAAAUAUAUGUCUAUAUCUAUCCUGGACAGUGACACACUCAUAUUUUCAUGUGUACUUGUUAGUGUACUUGUCUCCAUUGUGUGUGUCAAUCAAAACCAGAUAUUCAAACUCACUAGUCAACAUGCUUUAUGGUGAACUGAGCUGCAUUUACACAUGGCUGGACCUGAAAGAAAAUCAGUGCGUAAAUGUAAUUUUCACUCACUAGACGGAGCCGUAGCGCAAUACGGGCAUGUAUAUAUGCGUGCACACACGUCGCAGGGCUAGUGAUUAAUCUAAGUCUUCCUGUUCAAUUUAUUUGACUUAAAGUGACUGCUUUGGUUGUCUGUGUGGAAUUGGAAAUAUGGCUAAUGCACGUGGACACACAGGAGUGUAAUUACACACAAUGGCUCACUACAACCAGAUAAGAUAGAUUUCCAAUCAGUCUAAAGAAUAUGAGCCGGACCAGAACAUUGAUGUAUUGAUUUAGGCUAAUAAGACUUGACUAUUCAAAUUUAACCAAAUACAAUGUUUUAAUCACACAAAUAAAUGAAAUGAGUUUGUGCUUUU